AAGUAAUGGAGAAUCACCCAGCUCCGAUAAUCUGGAUAAUGGUGAUAAACCACAUGAAUUCGACAUGUCCUGGGCCCCAACUCCAGCGCCAAAGAAUAUGCAUCUUGGCUUCCUCAAUCAGUUUCUGAAGCAAGGGGGAUGUAAUUCAGUUUCAGGACAGCUUCUUCUGCCGCUUGAUGAUGCUUCCUCAAGUACUCUUCGUUAUUACAAAAGGAAGGCAAGGGAAGCGGUUGCUUUAACGUUGCACUGCAUAGCCCCUGGACAAGAAAACGAUCUUAUGUCACUGAUCCAGCCUGCAGUGCCUUCUCCAAUGGCCGAUGAACUGGACAAGGUUGUGGUGAAAUGCUAUAAUGAUGCCUCGUCAUGGUAUAUUAGACGACAGAUAUUGUCCAUUCUUGCUCCACAUAGAACCAAAGAGCAACUAAUGGACAUGAUUCCUGGUCUCACGAAGUACAGGGUAGAUGAAGCCCGUAAACAUGCAAGGGAGGUUGGCCAGGCUCAGCCAGUCGAGGUUGAAGGUGUUACUCGUUCACGCCUUAGUGAAGUGAAGGUCGACCAUUUUCUAGAUUUCAUCUCCCGCCCAGACUUCCUACAAGAUGUUGCAUACGGGACUAAAGUUGUGAAAUUGAGCCACGGUGAAAAGCUUGAAAUCCCCAAGGUUGUACGAACAGUGAUAACAUCAAGAAUAAUUCAGCUUUACCAAGCCUACUGUGAAGAGGUUGCCUUUGAGCCAUUGAGCAGGAGCACACUCUACUCAAUCAUUCAGGUUUGCGCAGCUUCCCAACAGAAAUCUCUUUCUGGUCUUGACAACAUUGCAGCUGAGGGGUCGGAGGCAUUUGAUUCAUUGUUCACCAUUGCAGAAAGUCUUGGUGAUCUUCAGUAUCCAGCUGCUUCUCUUGAGGACCUGAAGAAAAAGAUCCGUUCUUCCAAACAGUAUCUCAAGACAGAUUACAAGUUGCACAUCAGUGAGGCAAACCCGUGUGCAGACCACUGCAUUACCUUUGCUCUGUCAGAUGGACAAACCAAGUGCUCCCAUGACCAUGACUUGGUGUGUGAACGUUGUGAGGAAUUGAAAGAAAUGCUUGAUAUGAUGGAAGUUGCAUUUGAUAACCCAGAAGUGGUUUACAGGUACGAAAAGCAGUUAGAAGAACUGAAGUACGACUUCGAAGCCGGCCGAGAAAAAGUUCUGCAUCUGAAAUCCCAUAUAAUGAGAGCGAAGAACCAAGAGAGAUGCAAAGUUCAGAUUCUUCAAGAGCUGCAACCACAUCAGGCACUAAUAACAAUGGAUUGGGCCAUGAAGUUUCUGCCAACGAAAUAUAGGGAAGCGCAGCAGGAUUGGUUUGGAAAAAAGGGUGUUUCCUGGCAUGUGUCUGCUGUCAUAACUCGUGUUGAGGGGAACGAAUUUCAGAUCCACUGUUACGUCCAUGUCCUGGACCAAUGCAAACAAGACUGGUUCGCAGUAUUCUGUCUUGUGGAAGCCACACUAUUGAAGGUGAAGUUGGAGACACCUACAGUGAAGGACGUAUUCUUACGCUCAGAUAAUGCAGGUUGUUAUCAUAAUGCAUCCUUACUAAUAUCGAUGAAAAACCUGCAACAGAUCACAGGCCUCACUAUCAGGCAAUAUGACUUUUCUGAAGCACAGGCAGGAAAGGACAUCUGCGACAGGAAGAUCGCGCCCAUGAAGUCCCACAUACAACGCUUUGUGUGUGAGGGACAUGAUGUUACUAAUGCAUCUGAGAUGAAGGAUGCGCUGGAGUCAUAUGGUGGUGUCAGAUGCUGCUAUGUUUCUGUUGUGACACUUGCAGCUGGUGCACCUAAGGCUCUGACAUGGCCAGGAAUCACGUCAUUUACCAACUUUCGUUAUGAGGACGGUGGAAUCCGUGUUUGGAAGGCAUACAGUAUUGGUACUGGCGAGUUCUUUCCAUACCCCAAACUGGAGAGCAAGCAAGCUGCUGCAUUAGCUCCAACUGGAGUGACACUCAGUGUGUAUACGCGGCCUAGUGUAGGUGUUGGAGCAAUGAAGGCACAAGGUGAAAUCAACAAGGUGGAAAUCCCGUGCCCUGAAAAUGGAUGUGACCAAUUUUUCAAAUCACAAGAGGACCUGACAGAACAUUUGGCCUAUGGCUCCCACACAAGUGUGACACUCAAGGAAACCGUGAUGGACAAGUUAAAGCGGAAAUGGGCUGGGCGAGUUGGUGCCAUAGCCAAAGUUGGACAACCCUCCGCAUCUGUUGUAGUAAGGAGCAAGACAGAUGCAGAUUCAGAACAAUCUUUGCUUUUUGCAGGCUGGGCUCUUCGAGGACAGAAGACCUCAAGACGGUUUUCUGCAGAAGUGCGGAGAUAUUUGUAUGAGGAAUUUAUGAAAGGUGUGACUGGGUUCAAAGAAAAUCCAACUAACGUUGCAAAGCGCCUGAAGAUGAUGUUUCCCAAGGAUCAGUGGCUGACUUCAACACAGGUCAUGUCCUACUUCAGUCGCCUCUCUGCAAAACAAAAGCAGGGACAGCUUUCAGAAGUAUCGGGCCACUCCGAGGAAGAUGAGGCACAAGAGGAUGCCCAAGAAGAGGUACACCAGGAGACAGUCAAGCGCUACAGUCUUCGUAGAAAGGUUAUGACAGAAGUAGGGAUACUAGUAUAACCAACUUCACCUAUGAACUCAUUGGUUUUGAUGACUUCGUUUGGAACCAUUUUAUCAUGAUUGGAUUGCAGACAGCUAGUCUUCAGUCAAGUCUUUUCGUUCGAUCUAGCGUUAUCAUUCCAUUCAGCUGCGUAGCUUAUGGGUUGAUCGCCAUGCCCCUGCAUUUAGCGUGAAUCUCUCAAUCUUGUUGCAGCUUGCCAUACCCUUGACUAAAGUGAUCAUGGGUGCACUAAUCAGCAUAGUAUCCUCUUGAGUGUACAAUAAUAAUGUGCAUUGUAUUCAGAAAGCAUUUCGAGUCAACAAUAGUAAUGUACAGUACCGGUCCCAUAAGAGGAUCAUGACUACUACCCCUCACAUUGGU